AACCCGGAGGAUCGGUCGAUAAUCUUUUUGUUUCAGUUGCUUCUUUUCUUCCGCAUUGUCUGUCGCUCCAGUUCACUGUUCAACUCCGCUGCAGGUCGGCUCUCCUACUGGACAGAACCCACACAACCUCCCCUCCCUCCCCAUCACUUCAACAACGCCGCUGUGAGGAUGUUCCGUCGCUCUCGUCGCAUCGCAGCCCUCUCCGCCCUUCUGGGACUUAUCCUCCUCUACCACUUCUAUACCCUCCGCUCCGAGCUGCUACCACAUGAAAAUGACGAAGCCCGUCGCACCUUGCCUGAAUGCCCGCCCCUUCCGGGCAUCGAGGAUGUUCUCGUCGUGAUGAAGACCGGUGUCACGGAGUCUCUCGACAAAGUCCCCGUUCAUUUCCACACCACUCUCCGCUGUGUCCCCAACUACGUUAUAUUCUCCGACUAUGAGGAAGAGAUUGAAGGUGUCAAGAUCCACGAUGCCUUUGUUGGGAUGGAUACGAUCGUGCGAGACACCGUCGGUGACUUCAAUCUCUAUAACCGCCUCCGCGAACAAGGCCGCGCCGGUCUCGAUUCCGCCGACUUCGCUGACGAAGCCAAUUCUAAUAUCGGUAAACCCAAUAACCCGGGCUGGAAGCUUGAUAAGUGGAAGUUUCUUCCUAUGGUUCAACAAGCCCUGGCCUACAAGGAUGACGCCAAGUGGUACGUCUUUAUGGAAGCGGACACGUAUUUCUCGUGGCCGACGCUUCUUGCAUGGCUCGCGCACUUCGAUCCCAGCGAGCCGCAUUAUAUCGGAACCGAGACCCAAAUCGCAGAUGUCAUCUUCGCACACGGCGGAUCAGGCUUUCUCGUUUCCAAUCCCGCCAUGCAACUCGCUUCGAAAGAGUACGCCUCUCGUACUGUGGAAUUGAACGAGUACACCGACUGGCACUGGGCAGGUGAUUGCGUCCUGGGAAAGGUUCUCGCGGACGCUGGCGUACCCUUGCACUACUCCUGGCCCAUGCUGCAGAACUCCAACCUCGGCGAAAUCGAUGAGUUUGCCACGGGCUUCUAUCGCAAGCCGUGGUGUUUCCCCGCCGUCGCAUUACACCACUUAUCGUCCCGGGAUAUCCAAGACCUAUACGAAUAUGAACGUCGCAGAUGGCAAGAUGCGAACAAACACGUCCUUCUCCACCGCGACGUCUUCAAAGACCUCAUCUACCCCGAACUUUCCAAUGUCCGCGACAGCUGGGACAAUCUCUCCGACGAAGAACACGCUGAAGUCACCACUUUCCACGAAUGCCAGUCUUUGUGUGCCGACUCGCGCAGUUGCGCCCAGUUCGUCCUGCGCGCUGGGGUGUGCUUCCUCGGCGAAACGCCGCGAUUGGGUGUCCGGAACCCCAACGCUCGGUCCGGGUGGAUCCUGAAUACAAUCGACAAGAUGAUCGAGCACGCGCCACGGUGUGGUCGCCCAGACUUCGGCUUAUAGAUUUUCGUCCACGGACAGCACAAAUCAAGACCCAUAAAAAUGUCAGAAAUAUUCGCAGGUCGAAUAAUUCUAUUUACAAGUCGUUGAGACGUUCUCUAUGCUUUUUUCCUUGUUCGAAGGCGGUGCGAUUAUUGUGUUAUCAGGUCUACCCUUUUAGAUGUACAGUACAUUCCCUCCCCCGUUUCUUGCCGUUUCUCCAGUAUAGCAGGACACUUGCAUGCAUUGCAGUGGAU